GAGGCCGGAGCGGCUCAACCGGAACCGGAAGAGGCGUGGCCAGAGCGGCUCCGCUGUUCCCAUGGCAACGACGGACGCCGGAAGUCCCAUAACCGGAAGUGCCGAAACCCGGAAGUGCCGAAACCCGGAAGUGCCGAUGGAGCGGCCGGAGGGCUCGAUCCAGUGCCGGGUUUUCUGGGGCUCCCGCGAAGUCUCGCGUUGGGACCGCCCCAAAUCUCGCGAGAGGCUGCGCAGGGCGGUGGCGCGGCUGCUGCUCCCUCAGGGAUUCCCCGAGAGCGUCAGCCCCGACUACGGCCGCUACCAGUGCUGGGACAGCCUGCAGGCUCUCUGCUCCUCGCUGUGCUCGUCUCUCUCCGCCCGGGCCGUGCUCGAGGCCGUCGGGGUCGGCGACGGCGCCGCCUCCGUCACCGGGGCCGCGCUCACCUGGCUGCUGAGAGACGGGGUCGGGAUCGUCACCCGGAUCGUCUUCGUGUGGCUGCAGGGGAGCCACCUGGACUGUGAGGCCAAGCAAUGGCGGCUGGUGGCGGACGUGCUCAAUGACGUCGCCCUGGUGAUGGAAAUCCUGGCACCCCAUUGGCUGAGCCUUGGCCCCGCCCUCCUGGUCAUGGCGGCCGCCGCCAGGUGCGUGGUGGGCGUGGCCGGCGGCGCCACCCGGGCGGCCUUGGCCGUGCACCAGGCCCGGAGGGACAACGUGGCCGACGUGGCCGCCAAGGACAGCAGCCAGGAGACGCUGGUGAACGGGGCGGGGCUGCUGCUGUCGCUGCUGCUGCUCCCCCUAUUGGACGGGCGGCCAUGGCUCACCUGGGCCGCGCUGGGGCUGCUCCUGGCCGCUCACCUGGGCUCCAACAUGGCCGCCCUGGGCUCCCUCACCCUCACCUCCCUGAACAGGCCCCGCCUCCGCCUGGCCAUUGGCUGGGCCCUGCGAGGGGGCGGGGCCGGCGGGGAAAGGGGCGUGGUCAGCCCCGGAGUGGGCGGGGUCGAGCUGGAGCUGCCCCGCCCCGAGCAGGUGAACCCGCGGGAGCCGCUGCUGCCAGGGUUCGGGUCCCGCCUCCGCCUCCACCUGGGGGCGCCCCUGGAGCGGCUCGUGAGCAGCGAGGCCGAGUUCCGGAAGGCUCUGGAAUGCGGAACCCCCGAUUACAUCAUCGUGCUCCGCCCCUCCCAAGGCCGCGUGUCCGUGGGGCUCCGUCGCGGCGCUCCCUCGGUAUCGGCGCUGUUCGGCUGCGCUCAGGCGCUGCUGCUGGAGCAGCUCCUGGGGCCGCCCCUGGGGGGCGCCGCCACCGCCCUGGGACGGAAACUGGCGCCGCUGCAGAGACGCCUGCAGAGCUGCCCUGCGGGCGCGGUGCCCUGGGGGGUCGUGGCCGAGACCUCGCGGCUCUUCCGGGAACUGGGCCCCGCCCUCCUGCGAGGACUCGAGGCCGCGGGCUGGGACACGCAGCGCCCCCUCCUGGCCACGGACGAGUGGAGCCUCGAGUGGGCGGAGCCAGCGCCGGGCCACGCCCACGAGUGAGGCCACGCCCCCCUCCAGCAAAGCCACGCCCCCUUCGGCAAAGCCACGCCCACUUUCCGUGGGAAAAGGCGGGAAAUGUCACGGAAAAUAAAAAUUUUGUGGAA